UGCCAGUGUUGGCCCAACCGCAUGCCAGCGUUGGCCCGCCAGCGUUGGCCCAACCGCAUGCCAGCGUUGGCCCAAUAGCAUGCCAGCGUUGGCCCAACAGCAUGCCAGCGUUGCCCCAACAGCAUGCCAGCGUUUCCCCAACAGCAUACCAGCGUUGGCCCAACAGCAUGCCAACGUUGCCCCAACAGCAUGCCAGCGUUUCCCCAACAGCAUGCCAGCGUUGGCCCAACAGCAUGCCAGCGUUGGCCCAACAGCAUGCCAGCGUUGCCCCAACAGCAUGCCAGCGUUUCCCCAACAGCAUGCCAGCGUUGGCCCAACAGCAUGCCAGCGUUGGCCCAACAGCAUGCCAGCGUUGGCCCAACAGCAUGCCAGCGUUGGCCCAACAGCAUGCCAGCGUUGGCCCAACCGCAUGCCAGCGUUGGCCCAACAGGAUGUCAGUGUUGGGCGAACGGCACGUUGACUGGGUUCGUCGGGAGUUGGACUUGAAGCAGUGUCGGCAUUUUGCGGGGCAUGUCCAGGCCUGCCCUCCCGGGCACUGUCUGCAAUUGGGACGCACAUUGGACGGUGAUCAGGGCACGCUUCUCUCGGGAGAAAGAGUUUUUGUUUCACCGCGGUGAUAUCGGGAUAUAACCACUUUGGAGAUCUGUGAGAAGUCUUCGUGAGGCGAAGAGGUUCGCGCGCGCGCGCGUGCGUGUGCGCGGCUCCGUAGUGCUUCGUCUCGACGACGACGACGACAACAACUUCUAAACUCCUUCAACUUGUUUCAUCGUCGUCGUCAUCGUCUUUCAUCGUCGUCGUCAUCGUCUUUCAUCGUCGUCGUCGGUGGAGUGACGGGAGGCGAGAGGUUAUAAUAUCGACGCGCCAUGUCUGAGGGAGCGUCGGGGGACGCGGCGGGGGUGAACGCCGGGGCGGGCGGCGUCGCCACGGCAGGCGGGGAGGACUCAGCCGGGAGAGCGGUGAGGAGAGGCUCCGUGAGCGACCACAUCAACGUUCAGGCCGGGCAGCUCCUCCGCAGGUUUAUUUUGGACCGCGCGGAGAGCGAGACGGAGACGGUGGGACCCGCACCAACGCUGGAGGAGUUGGGGGGGUCGCCCGCCGAGCAGGAGGACAAGGGCGUAAUCGAGGUGGCCAACUGCCUGCGCCUCAUCGGGGACGAGCUCGACAGAGACCAGAAACUGCAGGAGAUGAUCCGCAAUAUGCCCAUUGAGUCUCCGCGGGAGCUCUUCAUGAGGGUCGCCAUACAGAUCUUUGCCGACGGAACCUUCAACUGGGGCCGCGUCGUUGCCCUCUUCUACUUUGCCUAUCGCCUUGUGAUGAAGGCCUACAGUAGACAACUGCUGGACAUUGUGAAGACGAUCAUCAGCUGGGCCGUUGACUUUAUUCGCGAGCACGUUAUACAAUGGAUCCGCGAACAGGGAGGAUGGCAUCUCUUGGCAGAUGAGAGAGCAAUACAGAAUCUUGCGAAAGCCCAAUCCACCACCACCAUCAGCCUCAGCAGCAGCAAGCAGACAGCACGUCUAGAGGGGCCGGACUGCUGUCUUCCGUGUAGCAAAGGUUGAAAGACAUUGCCCCGUGCGAAACUCGGUUUAUAGACGGAGGUUUUACGACUUGGGACAUUACAGCCUCUCUCUCCGGUAAGGAGGGGGGGUGGGUGGGUCAUCCACCUUUGACAACAAACUCUUGUUGUCACUAAGCAAGCAGCAACGUCAAGUCGUGAGCCGCGACAAUUGGUGUUGAUUGUAGUGAUGACGUCGUCGUUAUAAUCAUAGACCAGGGGAGAUCGGAAAACAUAAAA